AUGCGGCAGUAUCCCCUGAGGGUGCUUGGGUCGGAUAACAAGAUCAGCUGGGACGGCGGCUCAAUCACCAUCUUCCCGCAAUUUUACCCCCUCCGCAUCCUUGACGACAUGUGGCGCGGAGUGACUGUUGUCUUCGCCAUCCCGUCCUUGGGAAUCGAUAGCCUGGGCUGGUGGCAAAACCUCUCUUUCCUCACCGACCUGGGGCCUGUCUAUGCUGUCUGGAUCCUGGAGUCGUGCCGCCCGGCCAGCCGCUGGACGCUGGCGUGCCUUGCAACCACCGCGACCUUCGCAGCGCAGUUCAUUGGGAUCGGGACCGUGGGGCCCAUCUUUUACUUUCUGUGCUUUGUCUUGGGGCCCCGGGCGAGAGACCUUGCGCAUCGUCCAAACCGGCAACUAGACCCCUCCAAGUUCGCUCUUCUGCUGCCUCUGAUCUUGAGUCUCCAUACCCUCGAGAUCUUCGGCGCCUACUUCUCUCCGGAUCCGAUCACGCGGCACUACUGGGUGUGGGCAUGGCAAAUGUCCCCUCUCUGGAUCGGGGUCGCCAACUUCCUCAGCGCCCGCGCGAUCGGCAGCUGGUUCCGCAACAGCCGCCUCGCCUCGCCGGCCCUGCUCCUCCAAGUUCUCUGCAUCAUCUCGGCUGUCGUCUGGCUCUCGACUUUGCUGUUCUCUCCUUACCCGCUUGCGGAUAUCUUCCUGCCGACCCGCGCGAGGCAGACUGACGAUUUCAUGCACAUACGGAGGGCCUUUCAGUUCGACCAAGUUUCGUCCUUUACAGCAUCCUUCUUGUGGCUGGCCUACCUCUUGCUGGAUAUGUACUCGGCCGGGUUGGUCGGGCUUAGCGGCUUCUGGCCCAUUGCUGUCUUGCCGAUUGUUCUGGUUUCCUUUGGUCCUGGAGUCGCCUUUGCACUUUGCUGGUCCUGGAGGGAAGCCAUGUUCGCCUAG